CCGGGAGUGGCGCCUGGCGGCCCGUGGUGUCGCUGGCUCGAGGCUGCGCUGGUCCGCCGCCUUCCUGCCCUGCUUGGCCGCCCGCCUUACCGCCCGCCCGCCCUCCUGCCAUGCCGAACCGCAGGGCCAGCCGGAACGCUUACUACUUCUUCGUGCUGGAGAAGAUGCCGGAGCUGCGGCGCCGGGGCCUGCCCGUCACCCGCGUGGCGGACGCCAUCCCCUUCUGCUCCUCCGACUGGGGGCUCCUGCGGGAGGAGGAGAAGGAGAAAUAUGCAGAAAUGGCUCGGGAGUGGAAAGCAACUCAGGGGAAGGUGCCUUCGCCACCUGGGAAGCAGAAAUCUGUUCCCACUACACUUCUUGCAUCAAUGAGCCAACUUUCCGCUGUACAGACUCAGAAUGUUUCACUUCCAGAUGUAUCAAGCCUGUCUUUGAAGAGUGAUCAGGCUGUGCUUGGCAGUUUUUUUUACUUUUUGAACAUUUUUAGCCAUGGAGAGCUACCUCCUCAUUGUGAACAGCGUUUCCUCCCUUGUGAAAUUGGCUGUAUCAAAUAUUCACUUCAGGAAGGAAUUGUGGCUGAAUUUCACCGAUUCAUAGAUCCUGGUGAGGUACCAAGAGGCUUCCGGUUUCAUUGUCAGGCUGCAAGUGAUGCCAGUCACAAGAUUCCCAUUUCUAACUUUCACUCAGGAGAUGACUAUGCUGCAGUGCUACAAAAUCUUUAUCGAUUUAUUUCUCCAAACCAAAGCAACUGGCCACCUGUGUACUGCAAGUCUGAUGAUAGGUACAGAGUUAACUGGUGCUUGAAGCAUAUGGCAAAGAAAUUGGAAACCAGGCAAGAGCUAGAACUCCUCACUGUAGAGGACCUUGUGGUGGGAAUCUACCAACAAAAACUUCAUAAAGAGCCAUCAAAGACUUGGGUACGGAGCCUCCUGGAUGUGUCCAUGUGGGAUUAUUCCAGCAACACAAGGUGCAAGUGGCAUGAAAAAAAUGACAUUCUGUUUUGUGCUUUGGCUGUCUGCAAGAAGAUUGCAUAUUGCAUCAGUAAUUCCCUAGGUACUCUUUUUGGAAUUCCACUCACAGAAGCUCAUGUACCACUGCAGGAUUAUGAAGCCAGUAACAGUGUAAAUCCCAAAAUGGUGGUACUGGAUGCAGGACGUUUCCAGAAACUAAGAGUUGAUAGUCCUCCUUUUUCAAACUCUUCUCAUCAAGAACAAAGAUCCAACACAUCCACUUGUGACUAUCCAUCUGGGGUGAAAACCACUGGCAAAACAAGCAAUGUUCGGGGAAGAGGGAUCACCCGUCUGCUGGAGAGCAUCUCCAAUUCCUCUGGCAACUUUCAGAAGCUCCCAAACUGUGAGACUCCACUCGCUCCUUAUGUGCCCCAAAAGGAGGAGUGCAAAUCUUUCUCCUCCUUAUCCUAAAAAUAGGAUCUUUUUCAGUUUCUGCAAGAAGCAGCAGGCCCUAAGCCCCUUCCAUAAUCAGUACACUUGAGCAAACAAAUCUUCACAUUGAUUUUUCUUCCCACUGGAGAAACUUUAAUUUGGAAAGAAAUCCUGUUCUUAAAUUAAAACUUGUUUGUAAUUUGGGAAGGAAUUGACAGCUUUGUUUGUUUUAUUAUUAAUACUAGAGCAUUUUAUUUUCUGAAUGUAUAGUGGGAAUAGUAUUAAAGUUUGAUGUGGUGUAUAAGAGAGCAAACACAAGCCAGAUCUGUUGUUUUAAGAAGAAAGGACGUGGAUUUGGGGACAACUUUAUAAAUAUGCUUUUGCCUGUGCCAUUAGAAUAAAUAGAUGCCUGUCUUAUCAUGGAAGUGAAAACAGUGUUAAUGUUCUCUUUUCCCCUUUAAACAUGUGAAGCCAUAGCUCUCAGUAGGCUCUUGGCAUCCCCUUCUCAUUGUGAAUAUCCAGGACGGGUCCUCACAGAGGAAAUGCUGGCACUUGAGUCUUUAAGAUGCGAACUUUGGCAAUGCAGAGAAGAUUUAUUAUUAGAAUGGAACAUUUUGUUCAUAGACAAACUAAGAUUUUUAUGCCUUUUGAAGUCUUCUGAAAAUAGUGUCCUUUUUGCAUAUAUUCACACCUUGGUUUUUUUUUUUUUUUGAGCCCAUGGCAGAUUAGUGGGGGGUCUCUAUGCCUCAGUUUGUGGUCCAGGUAACAAGCAUAGUUAAUGCAUACGAGAGUCAGAACUGGGCCUUGAAUUUCUGAAGCGUUCUGCAUGGUAUGGGCUAUAGAUCAGAGAGGAUCACUUGAGACAAAAUUCUGAAGGACCCUGUAAUUUAAAUUCGCCCCUGGGUACCAAAAUUUUAUGAAAACAGAGGAAAUGAUAUUCCUCCCAUUUUUAUAGUCUGUGCCUUGGGAAAAGAGUUACAGAUGAUGUUCUUGCAACCAUUUUCUAAACCUGCUAUUCUACAAUCUUUAGGUUACAGUAGACUGAGAAGUCAGAUGAUCCAGAUAUUCUCUUGCUUCUAAGGAUCACCUUUUUUCUCACAUAAAUGGGACAGCAGUCAAGUAUGGUGGAUGAGUGAAUGGAAAAAAAGUAUUAAAUUAUUAAAUGCUUACUGUUGUGCUAAUAAUGAGAUACAAAUAAAAAAAUAAGCUUUGCUUUUAAGAAGCUUAUAUUCCAAUAGAGGGAAAUAACACACUUAAGAAGUUUGGACUGAAAGUCAAAUGGAAAAGCUGAGGGAUCCUGGGGAGAGCCACAGCAAAGAGAAUAAUAUUCAUCUCUGGUGUUAUUUCCAUUGAUAAAACCAGUUCUACUUCUGAUGCAUAACUAUGUAAGCCAUUUAACACAUGAAGCUCAGGGAAAACAUUUUUUUCUCUCAGUGAAUUCCUAGCCUUUCCACAUAGUGAAAUAGAGAGUUUCUGUGGGAAGAUACUAUUCUUAAAGUAUCAGGAAAAUGCAUCUUUAAAAAUUUAGGUUAAAUUAAAAUUGUAGGUUAAAAUAGUCUAAAGUCAACUUUAUCUAAAAGUUAUGUUAGCAUUAUUUGAAAUGGAAUUCCCAGUACAAACAAGGGUGUAAAACAAGUAUUCCCACACACCUUACUCUUAAUCAACAUAGCUUUAGAAAUGAUUAGAACAAAAUUAACUAUACAAAUAUUUGAAAGAAGACAAAAUUAUCCUUAUUCGCAAGUGACAUGAUGCCCUACUUAGAAACAAAUAGUUUUUGAAAAAUAGCAAGAUAGAAGAGACAAAAACUACCAGCAUCUCUAUAUAGUACUAAGAGUUAAUGUUAAGAAACAAGAACCUCCAGGUAAUAAAGUAAACAUCAAAAAGAUUAUGUGCCAAAGCUCAUGUGAUUUACUCAGUGAGUGCCACCUCCAAGCUAUUUUAUUCUUCAUAUGUGGUUCAGACCAGUUUGGUUCUUCAAUUUUUUUGCCAAUAAGCAGGUAGUAGACCCCCACCUUGACUUUUUUACACUUCUUUCUACUUACCUUUCAGUAGGUACACUGGCACCCUGCAGAGAGGGACAAUCCCCUCAAUAGCCUCUGAGGAAAUUAUUAUAUUGCAUGUAGCACAGUAUAGUAAUUAAUGGUUAUAAUGAGCCAGAUGCAUCUGAAUAGGUCAAAUUAUGUUUUUUCCGCCCUGCUUAAAAAGGGCAGGGCAUUAUGUAAUUUCCAUCAAAAUAAAACUAGUUUUGGUACUUAAAAUUACUUAUGUGUAAUACCUUAUUUCCUAGAUGGUUCUGGAUAAUAAAGUUUGUUUAAAAUACAAAAGA